CGAAACCUUAUGAGCAGCGAAUGGGGUUCAACAGUUAGUUUGAAUUAUUUUCAAUGUUCCAAUAGGACGAUCUGUUUAAGUUCCCGCUCUCUCUGCGAUGAUUUUCCGCAAUGUCCCGAAGGUGAUGAUGAAGCAUUUUGUGAAGAUCGUCGUGAUAUUUGUAGCGAAUAUAAGAUUCACGAUCGAACUCCUUCAGACGAAGCACUCUGUCUGUUUGGUGAUUACCAAGCAGAAACUAAACCGUUUACCUUGAAGAAUUCACCAGUCUAUCCUCCCAGAAAAGCUGCAGAGAUUAAUCGUAUUCAUGAACAAUCAACAGAACUGCACUUUGCCAAGAACACGAGACACUUUGAGACUAAUGAUUUUCUGUUGGCAUGGCAUUGUCAUCGCGGUCUUUAUGCUCAACUCUGGCUCAGUCCUACUAGUCUCAGUUACCAGUGCUUUUGUCCGCCAAGUUAUUACGGUGAUAGAUGUCAAUAUCAAAGCGAGCGAGUGAGUUUAACUUUAGGAGUAUUUGCCGCUGAUAGUCGUAUGCUCUAUGAGAUCGCAGUAAGUUUGUUUGAUGAUGAUAAUGAUCGGCAAGAAAUUUAUGCUACUGAACAAGUGUUGUACUUACCAACACAAAAGUGCUCGAUGAAGUAUAAUAUUUACCUUUUAUACCCAACGCGACCUAAAAACAUGUCAAAGAAUUAUAGCAUUCGCAUUGAUGUUUUCAAGAAAAUCAGUUUGGAAUAUCUUGCGAGUUGGUCCAUUAAAAUCCCGUUUCUCUUCAUGCCCGUUAAUCGACUGGCUAUCAUGUUGAGAAUGCCAGCAUAUCGGAUGCGUAACGUUCACAACUGUGCUUCGUCUUGUCAGAAUGGCGAAUGUUCGAAAUAUAUGAAUACAGAAGAAUUCUUUUGUCAAUGUCAGACUGGUUGGUCUGGUGCCCGUUGUCACAUCCGAACGGAUUGUAGUAAUUGUUCGUCGGAUUCACUUUGUAUCAAUUCGAUUCACAAUCGGUC